UAUACUUUUACUAAGGUAUCCACGGUGUUAACUUUUUUUCUAAAUCAUAGUCACUUGCACUGUUAAACCUUGAUUUAUUGCAUUUGUUGCUUGGUGUAUUCCGUGUCAUAUUGACGCGAAGCCGACCUGUUUCGUCAUUGUUGACAAUCCUGGGACGGAUGACAACCUGACAGUUGGGUAAAAUGGCUACGCAAACUGAAACAUUGGAAGAACAGGUGACCACAGGGACUGAAGAAAAUGCCACCGGGGACCAUUUGGACAGAAAUAGUUCUGUUUCGUCGGACGAUGGGUCUGAGAGUCCAGGAAAACAUAUUGGUGACGAGAAACAACAAGUAGACGCCGAAGAUGUGUGUGCCAGACUCGAAAACAUGGACUUGACCGAGGAGGAAACAGAAGAACUGUUACAAGAAGCGUUAGAAAUUAACAAAAAACUAAAAGCGGAGUUAAAACGCCAAGGAGACGGUGUUAAAAGUGGAAGGAGUCGAAAUAAGUCGGCGUCAACAGGUUCAAACCCAAGACCAGGAAGUGGAAAAUAUGUAAUUUUGCCGCCAAUCAAACCGGGACAAUCAGGCCUUUCCCCAGAACAAGAACGGUUGUAUGGAGCCAGACUGCGACCACAUAAUAGUAAUCGUAAUCCACAACGUUCAGGAAUUGGUAGCAGUAGAUCAAGAGAGAGGGCCACAGUCAGUGCCAAUCCUGGGGGUAACAGGAGAUCCUCUGCCAAGACCAGUCGCAGUAGCCAGUCAGCUGAUGUGAAGCAAGAAUCCAGGCAUAGCAAAUCUAAACAACCUCCUGAGUGGAAUGAUAGAUUUUCAUACACUUGAAUACAAACAUAUCUGAUGCUGUAUUCUAUGUGCUGCUGCAAUCUGCAGGUGUAGUUAUAAUACUGUAAAAUCUGUAUUAGAAGCCAAGGUUUAUGUUAAAAUGGUACAAUACAACAGAGGGGAUGCGGCUUCUAUUAAAGCAUCUACACAUAUGAAAUAGAGAUUUUUGGGUUCUCAAUUGUUGAAAGAGAAUGGGUGCG